AUGGCAUUUACCUGGAAAUUGGAAAAUACUAAAACAAAGCAAGUAAUUGACAUUAAAAAGUCUGUUUUUAAAAUAGGAAGACAUCAAGAUGCAGAUUUAAAAACAGAAAGUACUGUUAUUUCCAGGGAACAUGCAGAAAUUUUACAAACUGAAGAUGGUCUUCUAUAUGUUAAAGAUAAUAAGAGCCAAAAUGGUACUUUCAUCAACAGCAAAAAAAUAAGUCCAUUGAAAAACGUACCCUUAAAACAUGGAGAUAAUAUAGUAUUUGGAAUAUUCGCCGUCAUGAAAAAACCAAAUUUUUCAGGACCUUAUUUGUCCUAUAAGGUCCUUAGAGAAUCUGUACAAGAUACCAUUGCAGAUUAUACAAUGAACGAUGAUGAAAUUCAAAUCAUAAUAUCCGACGAUGAGGACGAUUACUUAUCUAAGAGUCAGAUUUUUCAAAUUUCGGAAAAAAUAAAAUCUGAACCAAUAUUUUCCGAUGAAUUUCUUGAUCCAUACAUAGAUAUAAAGGAGGAAGUCAAGGAAAUGGACUACUGCAGUCAGUUCUAUCAAAAGGUAGAUUUAACGGAGAAAGAUCAUUUUGACAGUACAUCUGACCUCCUUCAGAUAUUGGAAUCAGAAACAGCAAAUAGUAAGGAACCUGUAACAGAUAAAAAGAUUGAGCAAAAUAUUUUAAAUAAAUCUGAUGAAAAUAUUGACAAAAUAUUUUUGAUCAAUGUGAGAAGGAACUUCGUGUUGUCUUGGCAAGUCUUCCUGUGCCAAAGGAGCAGGUAAUAAAGAUUGAUGAUACUCUAGAUGAAGUACAAACGUCAAACGCUUUAGAAUCUGUUCUGGACGAGUGUACACAAGCAAACGGGACGAACAACAAAGUGACAAGAAACUUCGGGUUGUUUUGGAAAAAAUUGCUGCACCAAAACAAAUUAAACCUUCCUUGGUUGAGCCUCACUUUGUAGAAAGCCCAAGAAAUAGAAAUAAAAAACUUGAUAGAAAAUCCUUAGUUGAUAGUAAUCAGGAGCGAGAAAGCCCAAGAAAUAGAAAAAAAAAUCUGAAAAGAAAAUCUUUAGAUGACAGUAAUCAAGAACCCUUCAAAAAAGUUAAUAAUAAUACAUCCUUAGAAAUUGCAGAAAUGAGAAAACAAAAAUUGCGUGAGAUUGCAGAUAAGGCUGAAAAAAAAACUCCUUCACCAAAAUCCACCAAAGGAAUUGCAAAAGUAAAAUUAUCAGAAAGUAGAGGUUCAUUUCUUAUACAACCUAACAGUGUAUCUUCAUCGACUAAUGUUUCUAAAUCUAAGGAUCCUAGACUGAAUAAACUUGAAUCUAAGCCAGUUAAUAAUACUACUAUGCAUAAACCUGUUGAAACAAAAGUACAAAAUAAUAACGUUAACAAUCGUUUGACACCAGUAACACAGAAUAUUACUCUGCCAGAAAAAGAGAAGGUUGGCCUGAUCUAUCAAAUAUCGAAUCGUAAUGCUUCAAUGGCUAUUCCAACGAAUGUCCGAAGACACUAUGACUUGAGCGACGACAUUAACGUUAUGCUGUAUUGGAACGUAACCUGGCUUCUGGAACAAAGCAAAGGAGUGAAAAGUCCCCCCGUAACUAAUAAUAAACCCGCAAUUAGGAUACCUUCAACAUUUCGUAAUAUUCAACAUUACCUAGAUGUAAUGAAACCGUGUAUACUAUUAGAAGCUUGGCAGUUUAUUUUUCAAAGCACAUUUUGGAAAGAUGAGGAAAAACAAAUUAUAUCAAAAGUUCGUGUACAACAUACCAGAAGAAGUGAGAAGACAGUGACUUAUGAUUGCGUAUCCGAAGAUACUUUUUUCAGACCUGACGAUUUCUGUCUUGUACAAUAUUUUGUAACAAUCAAUGGUUCAAGGCAUAGUAAGGAUAAUUUCGGAUAUAUUACAAAUGCAUAUAAUAGGGAUAAACUAAUGAUGUUUUCUAUAGUGCUAAAAGCACCUAAUGGACCGUUAGUAGGUGAUAAACUUACUGUGAAAGUAAUAGUAAAUAUCGCCAGCAUUUUGCGACAAUUUCGCACUCUCAGAUAUUUAGAACAAAGUCCAUUAGUUAACUAUAUCAUGGAACCAGAAAGAUUAACUACAUUAAUGCCAAUACAUGGCAGAAUCACAAGAGAAGAGUUUCCGUUAAAUUAUGUACAACAACAAACAUGCGCUGAGGCAUCCGAAUUGGCGUUAGGUAACAGACCAGGUAUUUAUUUAAUACACGGCCCACCAGGUACUGGGAAGUCAUCUGUUAUAGUUAGUACAGUAUUCGAAAUAAUAUUUAAAGCCGUACAACGCAAUGAAUCUCCUAAUCUACUAGUAACAGCUCCUUCAAAUGCUGCUAUAAAUGCAUUAAUUGAAAAGCUCUCUGAGGCCAGGGCCAAAUUAAAUGAUAAUGAUAGGAGACAUAUUAAGUUAAUAAGGGUAGGUCCCGAAGCCAGCAUGAACGAAUUGGCAAAGAAAUAUUCUCUAAGAGAGUUUGUGAAAAAAAAUAUAUUGACCAGUCACAAAUUACACCAAAAGUAUUCUUAUGUUACCCAUCAGAUGGAUGUAAAUACAUUUUUUAAACAAGAAUUAGGUGCGCAGUAUGAUUAUAUCAUCAGAAAUACAGAAGAAACGUUACUCAUGGGCGCUAAUAUAAUUUGUACGACACUUAAUAGUAGUGUCAGCUACAUUCUAACCAACAGGCGGUCAAACGUAAAAUACACUGCUUGCAUUAUCGAUGAAGCUACUCAGUGUACUGAAAUAGAAUCUCUUUUUCCCAUUAUGCUGAACGUCGAUAAAUUCAUUCUCGUUGGAGAUCCCAACAAUUACCUGCAGUUGUGUGCAAUAAAGAAGCCCAAGAUGUCGGAUUUGGCAAAUCUUUGUUUACAAGGAUAUAUGAAAAAUUUGUAAACAAUCGAGACAAGAGCCCAAUGAAAAUGCUAUGUGAACAAUAUCGAAUGAAUCCAGCCAUAUGUGAUUAUCCAAAUAGAAAAUUUUAUGACGGAGCACUGAAAUCUUCUCCAAUAUGCACUAAUCCAAUAGAGCCACGACUUAAGCCAUAUUUAGUGUUUAAACCUUAUGAACUCUUCAAAUUCAUAUAAUAACAGCUCAGAAUAUGAAAACCCCAAUGAACUAGAUGUUGUUUCUUGUAUACUAAAAGCAUUGAAUACGCAUGUAUUACCGACCUGUAAAUACAGUAUUGGAAUUAUUACUCCUUAUCGAGCGCAAGUGUGUUUAAUUACAAAAUGUAUAAGGGAAAUGAAGAUGAAUGAAAAUGUAAGCGUCAAUGUAAAUACGGUAGAUUCAUUCCAAGGCACAGAGGAUGACGUAAUCAUUAUUUCCUGCGUAAGGUUUAGCCAAAAUUGCUUUUUAGCUAAUGAAAAUCGUUUGAAUGUCGCUCUUACGCGAGGCAAAAAAGCUGUUUAUGUUAUAGGGAAUCAUUCUCUUUUCAAGCAAUGUCGACCGUUAUAUGAUCUUAGGGAGAAUGCUAAACAGAGAAAAGUUCUUCUUGAUAUACCAAACAAUCCACUUUCGAUACCAUCGUUCCAUAAACUCAUAUUGGAUGUACGUUAA